AUGUCGUAUUCUCCUGAAGAAUUUACUGAUCAAAGUAACAAAGCAAUUGCACACGCAUUGGAAUAUGCUCAAGAACAAAAACAUAUUGAACUUGUACCAUUACAUUUAGCACAUGUACUUAUUGAAGAUGAACAAGGUUUAGCAAGACAAUUAAUAAAAAAAGCUGAAUUUAAUGUACAAGAAGUUCUAGAAGCUGUUGAAUUAAAAUUAAAAAAAUUAUCAAAACAAGAUCCACCACCAUCAAAAAUUUAUCCAAAUUCAUCAUUUAUGAAUGUAUUAAAACAAGCAAAAAAAUUGUCUAAACAACAAAAAGAUAGUCAUACUGCAAUUGAUCAUAUUUUAGCUGCUUUAUAUGAAGAUUCUGAUACAACAUCAGCUUUUGUUGCAGUUGGUUUAAGUAAAAAACGAAUGGAAGAAGUUAUUAAACAAAUAAGACAAAAUAAAAAUGUUAAUUCUGCUAAAGCUGAACAAACAUAUCAAGCGUUAGAAAAAUAUGGUCAUGAUUUAGUUGCAGAUGCUGAAUCAGGAAAAUUAGAUCCAGUUAUUGGUCGUGAUCAAGAGAUUCGUCGAUGUAUUCAAGUUCUAUCACGACGAACAAAAAAUAAUCCUGUUCUUAUUGGUGAACCAGGUGUUGGAAAAACAGCUAUUGUUGAAGGUUUAGCACAACGGAUUGUUCAUCAAGAUGUUCCUGAUACAUUACCACGACGUUUAAUUGCAUUAGAUAUGGGAGCAUUAGUAGCUGGUGCAAGUCAUCGUGGUGAAUUUGAAGAACGUCUUAAAUCAGUUUUAAAAGAAAUAGAAAGUUCAAAUGGUGGUAUUAUCUUGUUCAUUGAUGAAAUACAUUUAGUUCUUGGUGCUGGAAAAGCAGACGGUGCGAUGGAUGCUGCAAAUUUAUUAAAACCAAUGUUAGGUGAACUUCGUUGUAUCGGUGCAACAACUUUAGAUGAAUAUAGAAAAUAUAUUGAAAAAGAUCCAGCUUUUGAAAGACGUUUUCAACAAGUUUUGGUUAAAGAACCAACAGUUGCUGAUUGUGUUUCAAUUUUACGUGGUCUCAAAGAUCGUUAUGAAUCACAUUUUGGUGUUCGAAUUCUCGACUCAGCUUUAGUUAUAGCUGCACAAUUAUCUAAUCGUUAUAUAACAAAUCGAUUUUUACCAGAUAAAGCUAUUGACUUAAUCGAUGAAGCAUGUGCAAGUAUACGUGUACAAUUGGAUAGUCAACCGGAAAUAAUUGAUCAAUUAGAACGUCGCGAAUUACAAUUAGAUGUUGAAGCAACUGCAUUAUCUCAAGAAAAAGAUGAUGCAUCAAAACAGCGUUUAAAACAAGUUAAAGAAGAAUUAGCAAAAAUACGAGAAGAAUUAAAACCUUUAAAAUUAAGACAUAAAGCUGAAAAAGAACGUGUUGAUGAAUUAAGAAAAUUAAAACAAAAAUUAGAAAAUCUUCAAGUUAAAAUGGCUCAAGCUGAACGAGAAAAAAAUUUACCUUUAGUUGCUGAUAUGAAAUAUGGAGCUAUUCCAGAUCUUGAAAAAAAAAUAGCUGAAACAGAAUAUCGAAUUACAGAAGAAAAUAAACAGCAACAAGAUAGAUUAUUAACUGAAGUUGUUGGACCAAAUGCUAUUGCUGAAAUAGUUAGUCGAUGGACUGGUAUUCCAGUAUCAAAAUUAUCUCAAACUGAACGUGAACGUUUAUUAAAAUUAAGUGAACAUUUACAUAAAAAAGUAAUUGGACAAGAUGAUGCUGUUGAGAGUGUUGCUGAAGCUGUUCUUCGAAGUCGAGCUGGACUUUCAAGACAAAAUCAACCAAUUGGAUCAUUUUUAUUUUUGGGUCCAACUGGUGUUGGUAAAACUGAAUUAGCAAAAACAUUAGCUUUAGAAUUAUUUGAUUCAACUAAAUCAAUGAUUCGUAUUGAUAUGAGUGAAUAUACUGAAUCCCAUUCAAUAGCUCGAUUAAUUGGUGCACCACCAGGUUAUGUUGGUUUUGAACAAGGUGGUCAAUUAACAGAAGCUAUUCGACGACAACCUUAUGCUGUUAUUUUAUUUGAUGAAGUUGAAAAAGCACAUCCACAAAUUUGGAAUACUUUAUUACAAGUUUUAGAUGAUGGUCGACUUACUGAUGGAAAAGGUCGAACAGUUGAUUUUACAAAUACAAUAAUUGUAUUAACAUCAAAUAUUGGUGCACAAUACAUGUUAGAAGAAGUUGAAAAUCCAUCAUCAACUGGAAAACAUUUCGAUGGAAAAUUAUCUCAAAUAAUCAAAGAUCGUGUUAUGAAAGAAGUUCGUUUACAUUUUCGGCCAGAAUUUUUAAAUCGUUUGGAUGAUAUUGUAUUUUUUCAACCACUUACUAUAAAUCAACUUUCUUCUAUUGUUCAUCUUCAAUUACAAUCACUUGAAGAACGUUUGAAAGAACAAGAAAUUACAAUUAGUUUAACAGAUAAAGCUAUUCAAUCAACUCUCAAGAAAUCUUAUAAUCCAGUUUAUGGUGCUUGUCCAUUGAAACGUUAUCUUGAAAAAUAUAUAACAACUGAACUUUCAAAAUUAAUAAUUCAAAUGAAACUUUCAUCACAUAGUCAUGUUACAAUUGAUACUGAUGCAAAUGAUCAAUAUCAAUUUUGUGUACAACAAUUACAGAGAACAACUUCAAGUCGUCGUACUUAUGAAGGAUUAGAUGAAGAACCUAUGAUGGAUGUUGACAAUGAUGAAGAAUAUGACAAUGAAUUUUCGAGUUGUGAUAGCAAUAAAAAUUCACCUCAGGCUUUUUCGAAACGAAUGAAACAAUCACCAAGAAUGAAAAAAUAA